AAAUCGUGUUUCAUUUAUUUUAUUAUUUGUCUCUGCUCUUUAACAACGUUCGUAGUUUUUUUUUCUUUGUCAAAAUUUCUGGAUUGGAAUAGGAAAUUUCGUUAGUCUUCUAUCGUGUAGUACCAUCAAAUUCAAGUUUAGUGAGGUCGACCAACGCAGCGACGUUGGUUCAAUACUAUAAUAAUUGGCAACACACACGCGCACAUCGAUAUAGCACAUUAUCCGGAAAAUCAUGUCAAAUUAUGCUGGCAAUCGGCAACUGACCACGCGCAGCUCUGACAUCGAUGCACUCGCUCAACGGGGCUACAACAUUGGCCACAAGAUCGGCGAAGGUUCCUAUGCCACAGUGAUAACCGCUGGCUAUGCGGACGAGAGCGGGCAUGGCGUUAAUUUAGCCUGCAAAAUCAUCGAUAAGGCCAAAGCACCCACCGAUUUUGUGCACAAGUUCUUUCCACGCGAGUUGGAAAUUCUAACGAAACUCGAUCAUCCGAAUAUCAUACAGAUUCACAGCAUCUUGCAACGCGGUCCCAAGAUCUUCAUCUUUAUGCGUUACGCCGAGAAGGGCGAUCUGUUGACGCACAUCAAGAAAACGGGCCCCAUAGAUGAGAAACAAUCGAAGGUGUGGUUCUUUCAAAUGGCCAAAGCCUUAAAAUAUCUGCAUACUCAUGACAUUGCCCAUCGAGAUCUGAAGUGUGAGAAUAUUCUGCUCUCCAAGCGUCUCAAUGUCAAGCUGGCCGACUUUGGUUUCUCGCGCUAUUGUCGCGACGACAGUGGCAAUCAGGUGAAGUCGGAGACAUAUUGUGGCUCAGCUGCCUAUGCGGCUCCCGAAGUGGUUUGUGGUGUGCCUUACGAUCCGAAGCUGGCCGAUGCCUGGUCACUGGGUGUCAUACUGUUCAUUAUGAUGAACGCUAAAAUGCCGUUUGAUGAUAGCAAUCUGACUAAACUGCUGGAGGAUCAGCGUGGCAAGAAGUUCUCGUUUCGUCGCAAGCUGCAGGAUGUGAUCUCUUCACAUGCCAAGGCAACGGUGGCUGUGCUCUUGGAACCUGAUGCUGCAGCGCGUUGGGAUUUGCGUGAGAUUCUUAAUUGCAGUUGGUUGCUUUCCAUUGAGGAGCCGCGUCCUUCGGCCUCCACUUGAGGGGGGAAAUGUGCUCGAUUGUCUUUAUGGUGUAACUUGAAAUUGUAUUAUCAGACAUAUAUAUAUAUAUAUGGCUCUAUUUCAUAUCCUACUAUGUGUAUAAAUGAUAUAUAUAUCUGUAAUUUAAUAUUAAUAAUCUACAAUAUAUAUGCAAUAUUUUAAGUA